AUGGCCUCAUCUCCCGAUCAACCGCUGCCUUCAACUCGUCGCAUUGUCACUAGCCAUGAUGACAAAGCCAAGGCGAUAAUCCAGACAGACAGCCUCAUCCACGGCAAGCAGACCCCCCACGGACCGUGGAUCCAGCUUCUCUGGUCAAGCGACAGCCUUCCGCCGGAUGUCAAUACCACGACCGACAUGGGGCUAGCAGACACAGGGAUGAGCAAUGACGGCACCAUCGCGCGGAUUGUCGACUUUCCCCCACACUCAAAAGGGUUGAUGCAUCGCUCCAUGACGCUGGACUACAUUUUCGUGUUGAAGGGUACGGUGAGGCUUGUGCUCGACGACGGUUCGCGGACUACAGUGAAUGUGAACGAGUCUGUUGUCCAACAGGCUACCAUGCACAGCUGGGACAACGAAACGGACGAGUGGGCGCGGCUGCUUUGCAUUCUGGUUGCGUCUAACAAGCCAGUUGUUCAUGGCAAGGUUCUGGAGAAGGAUGUCCCAUUCAACACCUCAUGA